AGGCGGCUCAUUUGCAUGCCGGCGAACUCGCCCGAGCGCGGGCUGGAAGCCGAGCGCCGCGGCGCCAGCGAGGCGGGGGGGCGCGGGGAGCCGCCGCGGCGCUGCGGACAUUUCCCGGGAGCGGCGGCUGCGUUUCAGGAGCCUUCCGCGAACCUGCGGAGCGGCGGUAGGUGCCUGAGGAGCCCGCGCCCUGCCUGCAUGUCCAGCCUGCAGCGCCCCAUGGCGGCCUCGGGCCCGGCCUCGGCGGCGCCGCUGAGCGCGGAGCAAGCCAAAGUGGUGCUGGCCGAGGUGCUCAAGGCGUUCGGCGCCCCGGAGAACGCGCAGCGCCUGGAUGAGGCGCGGGACAAUGCCUGCAACGACAUGGGCAAGAUGCUGCAGUUCCUGCUGCCCGUGGCCACGCAGAUCCAGCAGGACGUCAUCAAAGCCUACGGCUUCAGCAGCGACGGGGAAGGGGUCCUGAAGUUUGCCCGGCUGAUAAAAUCCUAUGAAUCUCAGGACCCAGAGAUCGCCAGCAUGUCUGGGAAGCUGAAAGCCAUGUUCCUGCCACCCAUGACGCUGCCUCCGCAUGGGUCGGGGACAGGUGGGGUGGCAGCCUCAUGAAGCUGGGACCCUGUCCAGCUCCAGCUGAGUAUGAGGGCACUGGCUCCUGGCAUCCCGGUCGGGCUGCGGUUGUCCAGCUGCAGGUGGGGCCCCAGGAGCCCCCAGUGCCUCGGAAGCUCAGAAGCUUCUUUGUGUGUCUGCGGCGUUGUGUUUUACGUGCCUGCAUGAGACAGUGUGCUGCUUCUGCUUGUGAAUAAAAGUUGUUUUAAGAGUG